AUGGAGCCGCACAAGCACAACUACGAGCACAUAUUUCACCGUGUUGUACACCAGUGAGUGUCUGCGUCUCUUCGGAACGCACACUCUCUUCCGAUUGGAAACAUCCGACAAUUCACAGCCAAAGCCACUUGAACUGAAAGUCUGUCAAAACGCUUUCCUGUAACUUUUUGCGCUCUUCCCCUUCCUCUCUUUGUCUCUGGCCGCUUUGACACCUGAAGAUGAAUGAGCACUUCUCGUCAGUUGGUUGGUUGGAAAAGAGGGUUAAAAAUACGUUAUCAUCAUGUUCCUCCCUUCGUUUUGUGUUGUCCGCCCUUCCCCCGUUCGCAAACACUGAUGCUGUUUUCCGUUGAGCCGCCGUGUCCCACGCAUUGCUUUGCUUUGAUGCUCUUCUGUUCGCUCUGUACUAUUAUCAUCAUCAUCUUUCAACUUUUGCUCAUCUUUGUUAGCAGUUUCUAGAAGAUUAGAGACAAUUAUCCUAACAACAAAACAAUACAUUUGAUAGGAUAUGCAAAUUUCAAAAUCAAAACGACCUAUAUGCAAAUUCUGAUAGUUUCCCAGCCACUUUGAUCUCCCUUCAAAUACUGUUCGUUUCGAAAUGUUCUCAUCACAAUUCCUUCUGUAAUUUCUGCUCACUCCUCCGCCUCUUGAGUGCUCUCUCCGCGUUGGCGCGCACCGCUCUCUGACAACGACUUAACAUUGUUUUGUACACGGAUUAUCAAGUGGUUUCCGAGUGACACACUGCCGCCGAAAUGAGUGACGAAGUUGUCGGCGGGAGCACGCGCGCGCGCGCGCACUUUUUCGGACCAUUCGGAGAGAGGUAGUGUGGCAAAGGGAAGGCAGACACUUUGAAACCAAUCCACCGUACUCUUUGCUCGUUUCCAUCAUUCAUUUCUCUCUCUCGCUCUUCCACCGUUCCGUAUCAUUCGCAUCGAUUCGGAAUCGAAAUUGCUUGCAGGCGAGGCGACUUUUUUGUGUGCCCCUACAGUGUGACGAACAGUGCACACGAUCCAGUCAGUUUUCCACCGUUUCUCCGUUUCAUUCUGCCGCAUCAAGUGCAGAAGAGCAUCGAUCGAGCCGAACUCGGAACUGUGCGACUGGGAGCCAUGGACAUUCUUCAGGUGACUAAUAAUAAUUGUUGAUCUCAUAAAAAGUGUGGGUCGGACAAAAGAACAAAGCACUUGUGAUGUUACGGCGCCUCUUACUCUUACUCCUACUCUCUCUCUCUCUCUCUCGCUUACAACUCGUAGAAGUGCUAAUUCUGGCAGCCAAACAAACCAAACAUCUUUUUUGCGUUACCUUUGCCACUCCCAAACUCACACAAAUCCUCACUUUUUCCUUUUUUAUUGCUGCUAUAACUUUUUACUCGCGCCGAACUGAGCGGCACACGAAAACAAUCGAUCAUUCGUGUGCGGAUCUUCCCGCUCUCUCUCUCUCUUUUUCUCUCUCGGGACCGCGUAUCUGAUAACCGCAUCCCGUGUCACUCACUCAGUGUAGUAGCAUACAAAAGUUCACUCUUCUGCAUCGAUACCGACUAUUUCGAAUUUGCCCACAAAAAUUAGCAUAAACCGGCCGGGAGAAUGCAAAAACGCGAUUUUCAAACAACUUUCAUUGACUUUCAGACCGAGAACAAGGCCUCUGAAGAGCAGAAGACUGCGGCCGGCCACGCCACAAAAAAGCCCACCAACCGACCCGCCAUGCAAAUUUACCGUCCUCCUGGUGAGUUUCAGUUAUUCCCCACGUCUUCCCCAACUGCUUCGGUUCAGGACUUCGAUCCGACGGCACGUCUUCAUUGGCGUCCGCCACGACAACACCGUCAACGAAACCGAAGCCGGCAGCCGGUCAAAAGCUGUCCUCCAGCGAAAGUGACAACAACUUCACUUCACAAAUCCUGAAAGAAGGUAUCCUUUGAGCUCCGAGAUCUGGGGAUGUUUGACAGUUUUCAGAGAACAAUAACAAGAAAGAUUGCGGCGAGUCGACGAGCUCACGUGCCAGCUCGCGCGCUUCCAACCAGGUCUCGUCGGAUGAUCGGCACACGAACGGAAGUCUGAAACGGACCGAAAGUUCUUUGAGCUCCGAGUCGACCCCCUCGUCGCAGGUGAAACAAAACUUGUUGGCACCUUCACAGACAAACAGCGAGAGUUUAGAAAUCGUAUGGUUCUAAUUCGAAUAAGCUGAAUGGUCAACACGUCGGCGGAGGCGCGCAUUUGCAGUACAACAAGAGGAUGAACAACUCGAAGAAGGAACAUCAGAAGGUAUCCCUCCCUCCCACAUUCGUAUCGUAUUGUCUGUUCGCAGAAGAAGGUGAUGAGCGAGCACGAGAUCGAAAAGGCGAUCAUCGAGCUGAGAGCCCUCCAAUUGCAUUCGCACGCCGUGCAGAUCGAACAAUGGAUCGGCGGCGCGUUCUGUGACGAGGAGCUCGCCGAGUCCAUCGGCUCGGCGCUCUGCCGUCAUGCCAUCGAAGGAGGUGGUGGCAGUGGAGUGGCCAAGCUGUGCGCCAACUUCAAGUACGCUCCGUCCAUCGGCUCCUUUGUCAAGGUAUCGUUUUUUUUUUGACUCUUGGACAUUUAAAGCAGACUUGCCAGAUUUCGGGCCGGCCAUGCGGGCCGGGCCGGGCCGGGCCGGUAAAGUGCCGGCCCGGGCCCGGCCAGGGUCGGUGAAGUGCCGGCCCGGCCCGGUCGGCCCGGUUCAAAAAGGCGGGAAUUCAAAUUUUCGCGGAAAUUUUUUUUUCGUCAUUACAAAAAAAUUAUCGAACUAAAGUUUUAGUGUUUCUUCUUUGUUUUUUUGCUAUUAUGAAUUUUUUAUGAGAAAUACAUUUGUUUUUCAAUGUUCGAUGCUUGCAAAAAACCCCUAAUUCUACAAAAAAUGGCUUCAUGCGAUCAAUAAUUCAAAUUUUGAAUUCCCGCUUUUUGAACCGGGCCGACCGGGCCGGGCCGGGCCGGGCCGGGCCGACGGGCCGGGCCGGGCCGGAGUUUUUGAAAUUUCGGCCCGGCCCGGCCCGUGGCAACUAUGAUUUAAAGUGGAUGAGUUCAGGGACUCAUCAUUGCGCUCUCGCAGUACUUGGAAUGUCGGCACAAAAUCCGAGAGGAUCACUUCCGAAUGUGGAUUUCGUUCAUUCAGUUCCUAACCGAACUCUACGCGAACUUGGGCUCCGACUCUAAAGGCGAACUCGCCACAAUCGUGUUCGACGUCUUCAACUACUUGCUCCGUCCGCCAAUCCUCGAGCACGUUAAAAUCCAAGAGCUCGGGUGUCUCAUCUCGAUUCUCAUCAAAGGCGGCUACGACCUGGAGAGAGAAUGUCCCGAUCGGCUGGCACUUCUCAAAGAUCUGAUCAGGUGAGCCUAUACUCUCGAUCAUUUUAUUCUCAUCUGACACCCUGUUCAGGGAUGCAUUCAUCGACGUCUCCGAACCGUGGGCCCGUAAAAUGAUUCUGCUGCUCUUGGAGCUCGGCGCGUCCGGUUGGAAACUUCCGAAUGACGCCAAUGAGUACUAUUUCAAUGAAACCGCCAACUAA